GAUGGCGUUAUUUGUGUCUGGUGAAGUUUGACCUGACUACACAAAUAGUUGUAACAGGGUAUUUAAGAUAAACGAGCAGCAGAAUGGAGGGAAAUCUGUAAGUCAGAAUUCAGCCUGUUAAAUACGAGUCCUCAUAAUGCUUGGGCAUCAGAGAAAUUCAGGGCUCUGACUUCCCCAACACAAUGCUUCAAACUGAAGUCAAAAUGCAGGAAACCUUGAGAAGAGAUGGACAGAGUCAGUCCUCUACGGAGAACUGGUUUGAGAGAAGACGGCGGACAGAAAUAAAAGAUAGUCAAGGUUGCAGUGGACCAAAGGAACUUGUCCCCAAAAGGCUCCAGCAUCCAGGAGGGAGUAGGGGCCUCAAAACUGACACUGCCCCAAAGGGAGACACAUCAGAGCACAUAGGAAAGCCCUCAAGGCAAAAACCUGAGCUGCAAAAUAAAAGAAUAAACAGAAGAUCAUUAGACACAGCUAGCAGAGGUUCCAGAGGUUCCAGAUCUGCUCCAAAAUCAGAAGCAAGACCCAGGUCAGAGGUUACAAAAAGUUGCACGUUUGAAGUAAACCUCUCUGAUUUUCCUGAGCUGUGCGACACUAAGCCUGUCUCAAGUCCAGAAGCUUGGUCGUGCUGGAGCUCAGUCAAAUCACCAGCUCUUCAUGAUUCACCAGCAGCCACUGUUCAGGAGACGACAGGAAAUACAGGACCAAAACAGAAAUCAGUACAUAACGUCACCUCACCCGAAAAUACUCCCAAGAAAUCAGUACAUUACAUCACCUCAACCAGAAAUACUCCCCAGAAAUCAACUGCCACAGCAGAUGCAGAUAUUGAGCUUGUGUUACCAAACCCUUAUGAAUCACCAACAUCCUGGGCCAGCAUUGCCUCUCAGCCUCCUAAAGUCGUGCAGAAGAGUCCUGCCACACAAGAUCCACCCUCUCAGGAUGAUGUUUGUCAAACAGAAGCUGGACAAUCUGCCAAGAAAAAAAAGAAGAAAAAGAAGAAAUCCAAGUCAGUCUGUGAGGAUGUAGAGGAAGAGACAGAGAUAGUGAUUGAACAAGAGCCUCCCAAGUUUGGGGAUGAAGAGGAGUUUCCAGAUCUCUCUUUUGCUUUUGUUAAUCCAAGCAAAGGCCAGAGGCAUUUGUCAAAUCCUGGAAAAAAGGAGAAUACUGGGAUACCUGUGAAAGAUCAUUCAGUUGUGCAAUCUGAGAAUUUAAACAAAAGCAAAGCCACUGAUGGAAAGUCAGGAUCUGCAAUUUCAAAGAAAGCACAGCCAGCAAGUCAAAAAAAGAGCCAUGCACUUGUUCAGCUUGAUCUUGGGAACAUGCUAACGAUUCUGGAGCAAAAACAACAGACUCAGAAAUCCAGACAAGAUGUUAAACCAGUAACCCUUUCAGUGGGAGGAGCCCUACCAGUUGUCCACAAGGAAACAACACCUCAAAAAAAAAAUUCAAAGCAGCAAGAGAGAAUAGCACACAACCCUUUGGAUUCCACCUGCCCUUUAGUGAAAAAGGGGAAACAGCGAGAGAUCCCUAAAGCUAAGAAGCCUUCACCCCUUAAGAGAGUCAUUUUAAAGGAGAGAGAAGAAAGAAAACAGAACCGUUUGCUAGAAGAAAGAGAUCCAGCACGAAUGACUAGCGAAGUCAAUCAAGAGCCACAAGCCAGUGACCAUCUUUCUGAGAGCAGUUCAGCACAGAAGUGUCAUAACCUGACAAGUGACCAAAGUGAUGCUGAGGAGGCUGAUCGAUCAGGUUCACCUGAAGACAUGAAGAACUCUGUUUAUGCAAGUACACCAUCUAAAAACCUGGAUUUAAAUUCCAGCCCUGGUCGUCCAAAAAUCCAUAGCAGGAAAUUCAGAGACUAUUGCAGCCAGAUGCUAAGUAAGGACGUAGAUGAGUGUGUGACCACUCUGCUGAAGGAACUGGUAAGGUUCCAGGACCGACUUUACCAGAAAGAUCCCAUGAAGGCCAGGAUGAAGAGACGGCUGGUCAUGGGUAUUAGGGAGGUGCUGAAACACCUGAAGCUCAGGAAAGUCAAGUGUGUCGUCAUCUCUCCCAACUGUGAACGGGUAGAGUCUAAAGGUGGACUCGAUGAGGCUCUCCACACAAUCAUUGAUGCGUGUCGGGAGCAAGGUGUUCCCUUCGUCUUUGCUUUGUCAAGAAAGUCUUUAGGUCGAUGUGUGAACAAAGCUGUUCCAGUCAGUCUUGUAGGAAUCUUCAACUAUGAUGGAGCACAGGACCAUUAUCACAAAAUGAUUGAGCUCACAUCACAGGCAAGAAAAGCAUAUGAGGAGAUGAUUGCCAACCUUGACCUUGAGACAAGUCCACAGAAGCAGCCAGAAGAGGAGAAUGAGGCCCAGCAGCAUAUGGAGCCAGCAUUAGACACCCCAGAGGCAGAAGAACCAGAAUACAUUAAAGUUUGGAAGAAAAUGCUGGAGAAAGAUUACAACCACAAGUUCCUGCCUUUUGAAGAGAAACUUGCUUCAGUGACCAUCACCACACAUUCAGAAAGUGAACUUAAUGACCUUGGAGGAAGUUGAUAAUUCACUACUUGAUUGAUUGAUUAAUUGAAGACUUUAUUCUAUUGUACAUAGGGGUGUAACGAUAGAAAAUUCAAUACACUAAUAUAAGGUGGCUUUUCCAUCUGAUACAAAUUCAGUAAAAUAAAUGUGAGCAUGGUGAGAAUAUGUGCCUUAGGUUUCUAUUUGAUUAGAACCUUCAACAUUAUUGCAAACCAUAUUUAAAUAACGUCAGUGUUUGUGAUCAUGCAGAUUCUUAGCAGCAUAUCAUCAAACAGAAGCUGUGAAUUAGAAUGUAGCAAAAUUAAAACAUGUCUUAUUAAAUCUAAUUUGUCUGCUCAAGCUGUAAUGUCUCUCAGGCGUGUGUUUCUGAAGCACUGAGUAUUCAUUUUAAGUAAUAAACAAGGUACAGUGAUGGCCAAAAGUAAUUAGACAAAAGUGAAAUUUAGCGUUUAUAAAUAAUAACAUUUUCAGUUUUUGAAAUAAGGAAAAAUGGAAUAAGAAACAAUAUUUUCUGUUAAUGCACUGGAAUAACUAUAAAACAAUUAAUAUUUAGCAUGAAGUCUUUUACUCCUUAAAACUUGCUGGAUGCAGCUUGGCAUAGAGUUAAAAAAUGUCUACAGUAUUCUAGCGUAACUUGCUCAGUCCCUGCCUCAAUUGCUUCCUCAAGAUCACUCGCAGACUACAGGUUUCUUGAAUACUCCAGCCCUUUUUCUUUCUUUCUUUUUUUUGUUUAUCAUUGUCCAACAUUUUUCUAUUGGAUUUAGGGUUAGAGACAGCCCAGGCCAUGACUCCAGCAGCUGAAUACCAUUGUCAUAUAGCCAAUGUUUGAUUAGCUUUUCAAUUAAUAAGCAUAACUCAUCAGCCUGACAGGGUUAAGCUAAUUAGUAAAUUCACCUGUUUUGUGCACAGAGAGAACUAUAAUACAUGCCUUGUAUGGUCUUAAUACUUCCGUUACUACUACUGUUGAUUUUUCAGAGGAUGGUGUGGUUAAAGUUGAACUCCCAUAAUGUACACAUUAUUGUAUGAGAAAUAGCCUACUUAAUCAUGCAACAUAUUGAAUGUAUUGAAAAAUUGAGAGGCUUGUAUUGGAUGAUAUGAUAUGCGGCACCAUAUCGUUACACCCCCUAAUUAUGAAUUAAUUAAAUAUAUACUAUGUAUGAUUGUCAAUAUUUUUAUUGAUUUAAAUGUUUAAAUAUUUGCACAAACAUGUCUUAAAAAUUCAAAUUAAAUAUCACUGCCUCUAAAGUAA